UACAGUUUAUGUAUUUAAAUAUGAAUUCGAUAUAUCAUAAUCAACCGAGUUAUUUUGGAUUUCCAUUUGGAAUACCGAAUAUAAUGUCAUCAAUGAAUUAUUCGCCUCCUCAAUUUCCAUUUCCAAUAUCUGUUAUGCCUAUGACUUUUCACGACGAAAUGAGGGGAAGAUAUGAUGUAGCGGAAAAAUCGAACUCUUAUCCGGGAAGGACAUUGUCGAGUUCGCCUGAAUAUAACGCCUUUAGUCCUUGCCGCGAUCCAGCAUGCGAUACGAUGUCAAACUCAAAUAUGGCGGUUGAAUCGAAUUCUCGCAGGCUUGACGAAAAAAAGCACACUAGCAACAAUAAGUCUUCAUAUAAAACAGGAUUUAAUUUUCAUAAACUCGUGGAUUCGAUUACCGAAAGCAGCGUAGAAGAUAAAAUAUUGCCUACAUCUUCAAGCAAUAUACCACAGAUAAUUUCAAAUGAAAAAUCAAAAGUGACAUCAUUUUUGGACAUACCAAAUUACAAAAAUGAUUGUGUUGACGAUUCAAUCAGCUCACAAAAUACAGAUAAAGAGAAAUGCAUAACAUCAAAUGAAUAUCAAAAACUAAAGUUGGAAUGUUUGCAACAUUCUGAUCAUCAUCAAAUACUAACUAAAAAUGUCAAUUCUACAAUAUUGCAUCAAAUGUAUACUACUAUCAUGAUGGAAAAUCAAAUUCUCGAAUCCGCUGCAAACUUACAUUUCAAGAGAUCAUUUCUUCCAAGUUUCGGGCCACAUUCGGAAUAUGGGCAUCAACAUACCCCAGCCCAAUUGACUAGAUUUGCACCCUAUUGGACAUCACAUCUUUCACCCCCUUUACUGGGUGGAAAAAUUUUACCUAGCAUGGUCAAAGUUAAGCGAUCAGGCAGAGCCGCAAGGCCAAAGCGUCAAUUUAUAUGCAAAUAUUGUGGAAGGCAUUUCAGCAAGAGUUAUAAUCUACUUAUUCAUGAACGGACUCACACCGAUGAACGUCCUUAUAUUUGUGAUAUUUGUAAAAAAGCCUUUCGGAGGCAAGAUCAUUUGAGAGAUCACAAAUACAUCCAUUCUAAGGAAAAACCAUUUAAAUGUGGAGAAUGUGGUAAAGGUUUUUGUCAGUCACGUACACUUGCAGUUCACAAGACUUUGCAUACUCAGGAUUCAAUGCAUAAGUGUCCAACAUGCGAUCGAUCUUUUAAUCAACGAAGCAACUUGAAAACCCACCUGCUUACUCACACCGAUUUCAAACCAUAUACUUGUCUUUCGUGCGGGAAAGUCUUCAGGCGAAAUUGUGAUUUGCGAAGACAUGGACUUGUUCACAAAUUAGAACUGGAAUCUACAAGAAACAUUGAAAAAGCUCAAGCGCAACCGAACAUGAGGUUCUGAUAAAAUGAUCGACCAGUUAUACACGGCGCCUAAAAGCUACACAAGAUUACAUUGCAAUUUGCGAGUCUAACAUUGCGAAGAGGAAGCUUUUGAAUAAACAUUUAUGUUUAAAAUAAAUAAACUUGGAAGUUAAAAGGGUUGAAGAUAAAUACAAUAUAUAUAACUGAUGUUGAAAAUAUAUACAAUUUCCUAAUAGGUCUAGCACAGGAAAAUAUAAAGAAUAAGGGAAAUAUUCGAGUGCAACGCAAAUCAGAGAAAGAUUCUUAAACGUACAGUUUUUGUUUGAAUUUUUUUUUAUGUUCUUUUUUUAUAAUAUUUCCCUUUUUUUUCCUUUAAGGUAUUUUCAUAUUAAUACCAGUGGGACGUUUUGUACAAUUAGAAUUGCAUCUGAUUUAUAUUUGUAGUGGAGUACUCGUCUCUCUAAAGUUUGAUUUAACCUGAGUUUGUCAGGCCUAAAAUGAGAUAAUUCGAAACAAGGAUUAUGCUGUUGGGGAUAUUCCAGUCCUGUGGUUCUCAACUUGUUUGGAAUAUAUAUGGCCCCGGCUUGAAUCAUUAACAUUUAUUUUACUAUCAACAUCACCUUUUUAGGAUAUUUUAAACAUGAUAUUGUAAAAUGCUUUGAAUAUAAAUAGUUUUCUAAAGUAACAGAGAAUAUUAAUAACCCUGUUAGCUAUAAAUAUUAUUAACAUUUCUAAUGAAGAAAUUGGAAGUGAAACACUUUUAAAAUAAGUUUUGCUAUAGCAGUGAAAUGUAUUAUAUUUUUAAAACAUCAAUAUUACAAGUGUUCAGCAAGGAAAAUUUUUGUUUUUCAUUCAAAUAAACCAAAUAAAUCUAUUUUACUACGCUUGAGUAACCAAUAUCAGCCAUUUUGUAGUAUUAACAUUUACUAUUAUCAGCACUUCGCGCCGCAUUUGCUAGGUAUACCCAGUUAGUGCUACUUAUCGGAAAACAAACUGAGUACGGAAGUCCAGUAUUUAGAAGUGUUUAGAUUUCUUGAUAACAAUGCGUUAAAACAAAUAGAGCACUUCCUUCCUGUAUUCGUGAGGUUUUAGGAGGCAACCCUAUUUUAUUAGCAACAUGAAGUACAUUGACAUUACAUACUGAAAACACAGCAUAUAUAUUUCUCAAAAUAGAGAUCAUAGCGAAUAAAAAAUUCCG